AUGGGAAUCAUCGAUAUCCUCAACGCCGAAAUCGCCCAACAAGUGAUAGACAGCUUGGGCGGGAAGCAUCUCGUAAACUCUCUGAUCACCACUGUCGAGCGCCUCGCACAGACGACAGACAACCUCUCCUCAGACGCUCACACAACCCUCGCGUCUACUACGCUGCUCGUAGAAAACUUGAUUACCGCUGUUGAGCACCUCGCGCAGAAGACCGACGCCCUCUCCUCCGAUGUUGGCGCAACCUUGGCAUCUACUACGCUGCUCGUAGAAAAUUUGGUUGUGACGAUGAAUGCGUUGGCGUUGAACGUCCAUUUCCUACUGCAAGGGUGCAUCGCUCUUGUUGCGUUGCUGUGCUUGUUGACAGUCCUUUGCAUCGUGCGCUGGUGCUACACAUUUAGUCGAGAGCUUCGGGGUGUGCAGCAUAUCAAAACCGCAUAG